AUAAUUUCAGCCAAUACGUUCAUUAUGAACAAAUCAAGCCUACGGGAUGUAGGCUUAUUUAACACCAGAUUAACAUAAGAAUUCACCCAUUACAUCUGAAUUCAAUCUUUAAAUUAAGAUGCAGCCUUGUUCGACACCAGAUUAACAUAAGAAUUCACCCAUAACAUCUGAAUUAAAUCUUUACAUUAACGUAAAUACUUUGUAACAUUGUUUUCACGUGGCCAUGUAAUAAUGCUCUAACAAUGUAUCGAUUAAUUCCGACAGAGGCGCACAUGAAAUCGAUAAAAUUCAAAUAUAAUCGACCUCCUUUAUAGUUACUAGUAUAUUUUUACACAAGACGAGGUGGCCCGGUUCAUAUUCACUAUUACUUUACCGGACCCAGCGUGGGCUGCCCCAUUUUUUAACGCAAGACGAUCAUGAUUCAGGAAAUUUAAUCUAUCAUGCGUGUAUUUAUAAAUCUCAAUGGGUCUCAUAUCAUCACCAGUACUUGUUUCAUUCAUUAUUGUACUUAAUUCCCUGGUAAUUUCUAACUCGUUAAGAAAUAUCCAUAUUACAUUAUGCCAUACUUAUGCCAAAGUAAUGCGUGUUACUUGGUUGAUUGCGUUGAUCUUGACCACUGUCGUGACUAUCUCUGGACAAAGGAGCGGGUGGCCUUGGGCACGAUAUGGAGGGAUGCGAAAUCCAAGAUGCAUCAGUUGUUCAGAGGUAAAAGAGGCUUAUCUGUGUGAAUCCUGCUGCAAAAGGUCAGCCUGUACUCCAAAUCCAUGUAAACAUAAUGGUGCCUGCUCAAUAGUUGAUAACGGUUACAGCUGUAGUUGUACUCCUGGGUAUCUAGGAGAACACUGUGAUGUGAAUGUGUGUCUACCUAACCCAUGUAAAAAUAAUGGUACUUGUUCACCAGUUGAUAAGGGUUACAGCUGUAAUUGUGUUACAGGAUAUUUAGGAGAAAACUGUGACGUGAGAGAAUGUAACGUGACAGAGUGUAGGGGUACGUGUAUCAUACAAAGAUGUAAAAGCGAUGCUAACAAUUGUAGUGGUAAAAUCUGUAGUGGUUUCAACGAAGUGUGCAUUGAUGAUAACUGUGUAAACCGCGGUGGCAAUUGUGGGACUAUAGAUGGCAUAUAUAACGCUUGUGGUUUUAAAGGUGAAUCAUGUGGUGGGGAUGGUGAAUUCUGUAGCGGUAUUGAUAAAUGUGUAAAUGACACGUGUCGACCUAGAAAUGCAUGUAAGAAUGGUGAUUGCUUCUACAAUAGUGUUUUUGGCAUUUGUUCGGGUGGUGCUUGUCUCGUCACGUGUGUGGAAGACAAGGAUUGUCGUGGGAACCCAUGUAUUGGUGGAUACUGUGCAUUUGUUAAAUGUGGAGAAUCAUAUUGUGCUUUGUAAUCAAUCUAGUUUAUGUUGUUCAGAGACCAACUAUUAUUAUAUUAAAAUAUGUACUUCCUGAAAACAACGAGAUACUAACAAGUACAAGAUAUCAAAAUAUAACCUACAUCACAAAAUAAACAGACUUUAUGUUUGA